AUGGCCCACAAGUCUUUGGCAAGAAUACUUCCAGAUCGCGAUCUGGAAUCCGCCUACGCUAGCUACGACAAGAACGACAGAGUCCAGUUGGGCAAGACGGCCACAACCAUUCCCAACGACGGACGCCAGAUUCACCGACCCGAGAGAAAGGAUGAGAGCCGCCGCAAAAAGAGCAGCAGCGGUGGCCAACCCGUCGACAGCCAGGACAUCACCACCACCACCGGCGAGGCCCAGCUGACGGGGCGGACAGUACCCCGCGCCUACCCACCUUGCGACGCCUGCGUCACGCGCGGCCGGAGCUGCUCGCAGUACCGGCCCUGCGCAUCGUGCCACGGCGCCGGCGACACGUGCAGCGACUCGCGCGCCCUGCACGCGCUCGGCAACCUCGAGCCACCGGGCCGAAAGCGCAAGCUCGGCGGCCUCACGGACGAGCAGGGCCGACCCAUCAAGCGCGGCCGCAUGGAAGUCCUCAAGGAUCCCUGUGCGUCGUGCGCCGCGGCGGGCACCGCGGUGCCGUGCGAUGCCGACCACAGGCUGCGCAUCGAGUGCACGGCGUGCGCCGACGUGCGCGCCGUCCGCGAUCCGGACCACAAGUGCGUCGUCGCCGAGACGGCCGUGUACAUGCCCAAACGCAGCCGGUGGACGCGCGCCCCAUAUAGCAACAUAGCGCAGGUCGUGCAUUGGGGGUGCGAGGGGUGUCGCGGACGGUCGUACCGGUGCGCAAUCCUGGCCCGGCCUGGUGGCGGCGGCGGUGCGGGCGAUGCGCGGCGCGGGGCCUCAACUGCUCGUGGCUGGCCGACUACCGCAACAUUGGCUUCAAGUGCCAGAACUGCGUCGACGAGCAGAGCAAAGAGAGAUUCAAGGUGCCGGAUGCCGUCGUCGAGUGCUUCGACGCCGAGGACGGGUACACGUUGUGCCUCCGGGAGAUGGAAAACGUGCGGGACGAUGGGAGCCUCGUGCUGCCGACCAAGAUUGUGA